CGACACGACACUUCACUUCGAUUUAUUUCGUAAUUUCAAAUUUCAUAUUUAGUUGUCAAAAAGUUAAUUUGGGGUUAACACAUACUUUUUCUUUUUUACUACAAUUUUACAGUUUUUGGCACGAAAGUCGUAUUAAAAAUGAAAAAUUAUGUAUGCCAAGUACCUGAAUUUGCGAAGGCCAACGUCUUUGUAAACAAUCCAGAGUUGGUGAACGAGAAACUGGCGAAUUUAAUCCAGGGUGGUUUCCACAAAUUGCAAGUAGUUUCGGAUUUCGAUAAAACCAUCACCAAACAACACCAAAAUGGAAAAAUACACAUCAGCAGUUUCGGUAUGUUCAGUUCCUGUCCUUCGGUGACCGAAGAACACACUCGAAUAGCAAACGAGAUAAAUAAAAAAUAUGCACCCUGCGAAGUCGAUCCUACGAUUCCCAAAUCGGAGAAGAGGAGGCUAAUGGAAGAAUGGUGGUCACAAUCGGAGGAUUCCUUGAGAGGUUUGUGCGUAAGCCGAGAGGAAAUAGAAGAAGUUUGUGCGCGAAUAGGACCUGAAUUACGGGAUGGAACGAAAGAAUUGUUCGAGGAACUCCACAAAGCAGAUGUACCGGUUCUGGUAUUUUCAGCCGGUUUGGGAGAUACGGUACAAGCUGUUCUGAAACACUUCAACGUGAAUCUACCGAACGUAGAGGUUAUUUCUAAUUUCUUAAAAUACGACAACGAAGGGAGGAUUACAGGCUUUAAGAAUAGCACUAUUCACGUUUACAAUAAAAACGAAGUGGCUCUUAAAGGAACGGAUUUCUACAAGAGGAUAGAGGACAGGGAAAACGCGAUUUUAAUGGGGGAUUCGCUGGGCGAUGCGGCCAUGGUGGAUGGAGUGGAAACCGUGAAAAAUGUACUUAAAAUAGGGUUUCUCUACGAAAGGAGUAAAGAAGCCCUGCCGGAAUACAUGAAUACUUUCGAUAUUGUUCUAGUCGACGAUCAAACCAUGAACCUCCCUAAAGCGAUCUUAGGACUAAUCAAAAAUUCAUUUAAUAAUUUAGGAAAUGGAAAAGCUUAAAGUUUUAGCUUAAUUUUUAACUUAUUCUGUUAAAAUAUACACAUUUUAUGAACGAAUCAAAGCUAACGAGUUUUUUUUAUUUAUAAUGUAUAUUUUCGCCAUUAAAUUGUUU